GAAAGAGUUCCAGCACCGGAAGCCCUUAGCUAGCUCUCUCUCUCUCUCUCUCUCUCUCCCGUUUGCCCGAUUAGAACAAAUCGACGAAGGCAAUCUAUCUCUAUUUGGCUCCCUUCAGCUCGGUUUCUGUCUCUUUCUUUUAAGUUUGUAGAUGAACUUGUUGUCCGGAUUCAUUGAUUUUUGAGAAUACGUUGUAGUUGUCAAUUAUCACUGGCCUGUCAGCUCAACGGAAUUGAAUUAUCAACUAAAUUCAUUUGAGUAUUGGUUCUUUUGCCGAAUUUUACUUAUUUUUUAUAAUUGAAGGCUGUUGGCCCCAAAAAUGGCUUUGGUCGAUGUCACUAAGACUUGCCUCGAUUCGAUUAGCCAGAUAUCAGAGCAUAUUGAAGGUUCCAUUCUCUAUCUGGAUGCUGGAUCUUCAGAAAGUUUCCAACUUAUGGGGGCAUUUCCUGUGUUACUGAACCUUGGAGUGCGUGCCAUUUGCAGCUUGGAGAACAUGUGUUCUCUUGAUGUGGUAGUGGAUUGGAACUCCAGCUCAGAACCUGCAAGAAAAAUUGCGGUGAUCACAUCUCGUCUCCUAAGCGAUGCACAUCGAUAUAUAUUACGUUGCCUGAGCACACAUCAAGGUGUUCAUUGUUGUAUUAUAUUCACAUCUAUCUCGGAGCUAGCACAUUCUGCGUAUCCUGAUUCGCCUCUGGGACCAGAUGCAUUUCAUGAAUAUGAAUCCUUGCUUGUCCAAGAUUAUGAGGAGCUUGUUAAAAAAAGUUUGACAAUGUCCAAACAGCCAGAAAGUAGUCACUUAAAGGAUAAUUUAAUCUCUGAAGAUGAAGGAUGGUCAGAACUCACUUCCAUUGAAGAGGACAUUCAACAUGAAGCUAGUUUAAGUGAAAGAGAUUAUUGCAAAGAUAAUCUGAUAGAUCACACAGAAGAUGUAGGGCAAAAAUUGGUUGUUUCAGUACAUCACUUCCCAAUGGUUUUGUGUCCUUUUUCACCAAGAGUGUUUGUUUUACCUUCAGAGGGGUCAAUUGCUGAAGCAUACUUAUCAGUUGAACAUGAGGAUGCUUUUAGUCCUGGCUUGCCUCCCUUAAGUACUGGAUUGCCUUCUGAUGGUGAUGAUACUCCUCCUGGAGCAACCCUUACGGCACACUUUAUUUACCAUCUUGCAGCCAAGAUGGACUUGAAGAUGGAAAUUUUUUCCCUUGGUGAUCUUUCAAAAACUGUAGGAAAGAUUUUAACAGACAUGUCAAGCCUUUAUGAUGUAGGACGGCGAAAAAGAUCAGCAGGACUUCUACUCAUCGACCGUUCUCUGGAUCUACUAACACCAUGCUGUCAUGCGGAUUCACUUGUUGAUCGGAUGUUUUCAUCCUUGCCCCGUAGGGAAAGUUUAAAAUCCCAUACACAUUUAAAAGGCUCACAGAGCCAACUAAAAAAUGGCCCAUCUACCCUGCAGCGUGCUUCUAUUGAUGUUCAUAUACCUCUUGGAAACAUUCUAAAUGAAGAAGAUUGCAAAAUGGAUAACUUCCGGCUCUUAGAAAGCGUUGAAGCUUUUCUUUGCGGUUGGGAUCCUAGCAACACUGAUUCUCAAAUUGGGGAUUUGAUCAAUCUCAGCAACAAAAUCCAUAAGGAGAAACCCCUUCACUCUGAAACAGAACUCCUAAGUGGAUCAUUUGUAUCAACUGAAAAUUUCCGUGGAACUCCCUACUUAGAAGCUAUAUUAGACAGAAAAACAAAAGAUGGGACCAUACUGCUAAAGAAGUGGCUACAAGAAGCUCUUCGUCGGGAAAAUAUAACCGUGAAUGUGAAAACUCGUCCUGGUUUUGCUACAAAAUCAGAUUUGCAGUCUUUGAUUAAAGCAUUAGCUAAAAACCAAUCAUCUUUGGUGAGAAACAGAGGAAUUAUCCAAUUAGCAGCAGCUGCAUUGGUUUCCCUCAAUGAAUCACAUAGUGCAAGAUGGGAUGCAUUCAUUAGUGCUGAGAAAAUGUUGAGCAUAAGUGCUGGGGACACAAGCCAGAGUCUUGCUGCCCAAAUUGGUGAUCUCAUCAAUAAGAGUGCUUUCAUAGGGUCACAUGGACAGAAGAAGGGAAAAAUAGAGGCCUCAAAAGGGGUACUGUCUUUUCAAGAUGCUCUACUCCUUAUGAUUACUGGAUAUAUGUUGGCUGGUGAGAAUUUCCCAACAUCUGGAUCUGAUGGCCCUUUUUCUUGGCAAGAGGAGCAAUUCUUGAAAGAUUCUGUUGUCGAUGCUAUUCUUGAAAAUCCAGCAGUAGCAAAACUGAAAUUUCUUCACGGUCUAAUGGAAGAGCUCGAGGCCAACCUGCAGAGGAUCAAAUCAGAGGAAAAUAAAGAAGUAUCUACGAAAAAAUUACAAAUUGAUGAUUUUGAUGAUGAUCAGUGGGGUCAAUGGGGUGAUGAAGAUGCUGAUGAUGGUAAUGAUAAUGCUAGUAAAGAUUUGUACAAUGACAUGCAGUUGAAGUUGGAGCUACGUGAUAGGGUAGAUAACCUUUUCAAAUUCCUUCACAAGCUAUCCAGUUUGCAGAGGAAGAAUAUACCAUCGAGGGAUUGGACAAUGGCAUUGGAAACUAAUUUCGGUGGAGAUUCCUACACAAGUAAAGGACUACUUUAUAAACUUCUAACUAGGUUGUUGAGCAGGAAAGACGUACCUGGGUUGGAGUACCAUUCCUCUACAGUGGGGCGACUUUUUAAAAGUGGGUUCGGGAGAUUUGGGCUUGGGCAGGCAAAACCAAAUCUGGCUGAUCAAAAUGUCAUUCUGGUUUUUGUCAUCGGAGGCAUCAAUGGUCUUGAGGUACGCGAAGUUCAGGAGGCAUUGUCUGAUAGCGGAAGGCCUGAUGUUGAAUUGAUUCUGGGUGGAACAACUCUCCUGACACCUGAUGACAUGCUUGACUUACUGCUGGGAAAUUCUAGCUAUAUUUGAUCUUGACUAUGAUAAAAGAAAGUAAUAUGUCCAAAAUAUAUUUUUUUUUUUCCCCUGUUGGCUGAUAUUUCAGCUGAUAUGUAUACGAGCUAAUUUGAAUUCAUUUGUUGCCAAAUUUGGCUUCAUCCUAUGAAGAAAAUUGAAGGUUCCAACAAGUUGUC